AUGGCGCCUCCGACCUUCGCAGAUAUCCUUCCUAUAAAGCAGCUCUCCUCGCAUCAAUAUGCUGUCACCUUGGAAAAUGAAUGGUGUAUAGGGACCGUCCCCAAUGGCGGGUAUGUUACGUCGGCCUUUCUCAUGGUUGCGCGUGCCCAUAUGUCCCUCACCCACCGUUCCCGCUCCGAACCACACCCUAUCAAUCUACACCUGCAAUUCCUGCGGCGUACCUCCGUGGGUCCAGCAGUCUUCACCGUGAAAGAUGUCAAAUUGGGUGCACGUAUCAGCAACUUGCACCUUGUUCUGUCGCAAAAGCAGGAACACAAUGACCAGUGGCAGGAUGAGGCACAGGGCUACAUAACCAUGAGCAACAUCGCGACCGAGGAAGGUCUAAGUCUUGAUACUGAGUACCGGGCCUGGCCACCCGCUUUACCAGUAAACCUCGAGCUGUUGGAUGGACAAGGCCGCGAUGAAAAUUAUACACUUCGCGCCAACGAUCCUUUUCCCUCGUUCCGCCGCGCCGCACAAAACAUUCAGAUAUACCUGGUCCAGCCUGAUCGGCGACCACAGCCCGGCCAGUCUGGUCGACCCCGGGCAAUAGUAGACCAGUGGGUUCGGUUUGCGCCCAAGACGCCUUCCCUGAAUCCCAAGAAAAACACCACUGGUCGCUGGACCAACGACGCUCUUGGGUUUGUGGUCGACAUGUUUCCACAAAUUGUCGAGUCAUACGUCAAUCCCUUUGUCGAGGAGGCCGCGAUUGGCCAACAUAGCGAAGCCGAACUGAAGGAUUUCCUGACAUCAAAUGAACCGCGCGCCAAGUUUUGGUAUCCGACGCUCGUCUUGAACUUGGACGUCAAGAAGUUGUUGCCAGAGGAAGGUGUGGAAUGGUUAUUUGUGCGAGUGAUGGCCAAGGCGAUCAGCAAUGGACGGUUUGAUUUGAAUAUCGAGGUUUGGGAUGAGGCCGGGCAGUUGGUGGCAAGCAGUACACAUGCGAGUCUGAUCGUGGACGCCAGUCGCAACAUUACUCGAAAACCAAAGGAAAAGAAGGACGCAAAGCUAUAG